AUGAGUGAUCAACUCCAUGAAGAGUCGACCUUGAAAGCCGGUCAUCCACCAGCGGAGAAAGUUUCUGGAAGAAGAAGAAUAACCAGGAAGGAAAGAUCGGCCAGUAUGGGUGAAAAUGGCGAGGAAAACGAUGGCCCGAUGAUGGAGUGGGAUGAGAAAAAGAUGAAGAUGACAAAAGCGGAGAUCAGAGAGGUGGGUCGAUUACCUUCAAUACAUUGUUUUAGCUGCACCGUGCACAGCCGAGCGACCGGAUCCGCGCCAAACACGAGAAACCGCUGCCUUGUCAUGAACCACAGUCCAAUCGCAAGACUACUCGCAAAUCUCAUGAAUUUGAGCUGUUCCAACCAAAGAGGUUCAACUAG